CUAGAUUUUCUGCAUAGAAAAGAUGACAGAGCAGAGACAGGAAGGUGAAGGGGGUAAUAAAAAUUAAAUUUGUUGACAUGCUUGAAUGCACGGCAGAGGGUUUUUGAUCCCUAGGCGGGAGGUAAAACUGGGAUAGGGUUUUCUUAAAGAGAGCACAGAUCAGAUCUAAGCCCUUCUUUGCCUCCCGUGCCCCUUCCCAGAAUGCACUUGAGUUCCCAUGACUAUGAAUCUCCCCAUUUUCGGAUCCCUCUCCUGAAAGGUCUAGAGGAGAGAUGGAGAGACCAGGGCAGUGGCUUUGUCAGAGUGACACACUGCAGGUUGGACCUGAAUUUCUGCAUCUGAGCUAAUUGCUGUGGCAAUGCAGCCACCUAUAAAAUUACAGAGUGGCUCACCCAGAUGCCCGUAUCUGUUGCAAGUCUCAGAAGCUCUCCUUUCCUGUGGGUUCCUGCGGGCUGCCUGCUGGGCUCUGAGGAUCAGCCUAUCCUACCAUCUCCUGGGUCCGUCCUCAGACAUCAGCUCCCAUGGCGGCCCUCACAGACUUUGCUUUUAUGUACCGCUGGUUCAAAAAUUGCAAUCUGGUUAAAAACCUCUCUGAGAAGUAUGUCUUCAUCACUGGCUGUGACUCCGGCUUUGGGAACCUGUUGGCCAAACAACUGGUUGAUAGGGGCAUGAAAGUGCUUGCUGCCUGCCUCACUGAGGAGGGGGCUCAGAAACUCCUUCAGGACACCUCCUACCAGCUACAGACCUUCCUCCUAGAUGUCACCAAGUCGGAGAACGUCAAGGAAGCAGCCCAGUGGGUGAGGGACCAAGUGGGCGAGCAAGGCCUCUGGGCCCUGGUGAACAACGCUGGCGUGGGCCUGCCCAGUGGUCCCAACGAAUGGCUGACCAUAAAAGACUUUGUGAAAGUGAUCAACAUAAACCUGGUGGGGCUGAUUGAUGUCACUCUGAACAUGCUGCCGAUGAUCAAGAAAGCCCGGGGCAGGGUGGUCAACAUGUCCAGCUCUGGUGGCCGUGUGGCUGUAUUCGGUGGUGGUUACUGUGUCUCCAAGUUUGGUGUUGAAGCCUUCUCUGAUAGCAUCAGGCGCGAGCUUCAUUUCUUCGGGGUGAAGGUCAGCAUCAUCGAGCCAGGGAACUACAAGACAUCCAUUCUGGGCCAAGAAGCUCUGGAAUCACGCAUGAAGAAGCUGUGGGAUCGGCUGCCUCAGGAGACCCGGGAUAGCUACGGAGAGGAGUAUUUCCAAACCUAUACUAAAAAGUUGGUUAACUUGAUGAGGUCAGCAGAGCCAAGAAUCAGCGAUGUCACCAACAGCAUGGAGCACGCCAUUGUCUCCCGGAGCCCCCGCAUUCGCUACAACCCUGGCCUGGAUGUCAAGUUUCUCUAUCUCACCCUGGCUAAGCUGCCCACCCCUGUGACAGAUUUCAUCCUUAGCAGAUACUUGCCAAGACCAGCAGACAGUGUUUGAGCUGGCGAGCUCAAGGGGUAGCCAGUGGAGCACAGGGGAGAGGGCAAAGGACUGGGGGAUCACAAGAGGUAUUGUCAUAUAUCUCAUGGGCAGAGAAGAGCACACUCAGCUCACUCCCACUGCAGGCUGAUGUCUCCUUCCAUCUGCUGGGGCCUCUAGAAACCUGAUGUGACCCCGGCUGAUGUAGAGCGUUGCAGCAUAGGCCCCAAGACACCUUUCACCAAGGCAGGUACUAGCACUCUUGGACCUGAAAAGCUGGCUUCUGUUGACUGAGAAGCUGUCACCACCUCCGUAAAACACCAUGGGACAAUCUAGCCCACAGGAGAAUCUCGGACCCCUCCCCACAGCUCUCAAAGCAGGCACUGGUUUGUGUAUAUACGGAAUAUGUAACAUGGCAACAAGAACUGCCAGAGCA